AUGUCUCGUCCCUGCACUUCAGCAGACGCCAGGCACGCCACCGGCCAGCCUCCUUCUUACGAUACGGUUCAGCAGCAGCAAGACCGACAGUUCCAAAACUUCGACUCGAAAGAGUGGGAAUGCGUGCCCAAGAACCUCAGCAUCAUCUACUCCCCUGUCCCUAUCGGAGCAGGUGCCAAUGUUAGCAGGAGAGGAAUCAGCUGGGAAGCCAGAUUUCGAGUAAGAGCCAAAGAUCUCCCCCGCCUCAUGAGAGAGGGCUUCCACUGGACAGUCGCCAACAUCCAUCGAGAGGCCGGUUACUUUGAAUAUGAAGCCAAGGAGCCUGUCAUGAAAGAAGCUGGCUGGACCUGUACACGCAAUUACUACCUCUCCGAUCUAGGUCCCGACCAGAACUGGACCGCCAAGAUGACGGUUUGCGCUCGGGACCUACAGACUCUUGCGCGGUUUGACAUGGCCAAACUUCGGCCUGAGCAAGCUUACACCGCCCUCGCGUGGACCAACGUCCAGCAAGGCCAGCACAUCUACAACUUUGAACGUCUAGCUCCCUGUAGGAAUUUCAAUGCGAUUUACGACGACAUGCCGCUGGAAGGAUGGUGGCCGUGGCCGAAGAGACAACCCGGCGUUGACGACAAGCCCGAAGCAGAUACAAAGAGCUCAUAG